GCAUAAUUGUACAUCAGAAAACAGCAUCUUCAAAACAACAUACAGGCAAGAAGAAAGGAAGAAAUCUCAAGAAACACCUCACCUAAUUUUUGAAUUUUUCAGAAGUUCAGAGGACACAAAAUAAAAAGAAUGGGAUCUGUUGGAGUUCAGAUUGUAUGUGUGGCCCUUGGGGUCUUCGGCCUGAUCGGGGUGAUCAUAUGUUGCGCUAUCCCGCUCUGGAGGGUUUCCUCCUUCACAGGUUCCAACAUUGUGACUGCACAGAGCAAUCAGGAAGGCCUGUGGACGACCUGUGUGGUGCAGAGUACCGGCCAGCAGCAGUGCAAGAACUACGACUCCCUGCUGGUGUUGCCCUCUGACCUGCAGGCCGCCCGCGCCAUGACCAUCAUCAGCUGCAUGUUCGCCUGCCUCAGCCUCCUCAUCCUGUUCUGCGGCGCCGACUUCACCACCUGUGUGCAGAACGAAGAGGUCAAGCCCAAGAUCAGCCUGGUGGCCGGGAUAGGCCUGCUGCUGGCUGGCCUGUUGGUCAUCAUCCCGGUCAGCUGGUCCGCCCACAUUGUUGUGCGAAACUUCAACGACCCCCUGAUGGGCGCUGCUCAGAAGCAGGAGCUGGGAGCCUGUAUCUUUGUGGGUUGGGGGGCCGGCGUGCUGCUCCUUCUGGCUGGAGGUCUGCUGUGCUGCUUCAGCAGGCCCAACUCUGGCAGCUCUGGUGGAACCGCCAAGUACUACAGCAACAAUGCCUCCGCCCCCAGUAAAAACUACGUGUAGUGGCUUUACGAAGGGGACUGGUGUUUUGAUAGAAGGGAGGGGAGGGUGAUUUAGUUGGUAAAAUACUGGGGAGUGAUGAAGGAGAUGACACCGGGGGUUGUUUAGAAAAAAACAGAAAAGGUCUCUGUAAAUACUGAAUGCUCAUAGUAACUGUCACAAUUUCUUUCUUUCAUAUUCAUAGUUAUUCUGGUGAUAUUUUACACUUUAAAGCUGUUUUACUAUUAGGUGCAGGGUUAUUCAUAAGCUAUUUGAAAGUAGGUGGAAAUAAAGGGUAAAGAGGCUGUAAAUGUAUAGAUAAAACAGGUUUUAUACCAGCUGCAAAACUGUUGCAUUCUCCAUAUUUUUCUUGAAAUACUGCAUCUUUAAAAUAUCCAGACAAGUGUACAAGUAACAUUCAAGAUUCUGAAACUCUGGAAAGUGUAUUUGUGAGAAGAAAACUGAUAAUCCAAGUUCAAUAUUUCAGCGUAAAAGAGCUGCACGGCCUUUUUUAGAUGCAGUAGUGCCUCAUGUUUUAGAUAUUGUUCGAAUCAACCAUUGUUUUAUCACUUUGUCACUUGUUUCUCUCCAAUCUUUUACUGUUUCUAUCAUCCAGAGUCAGAAAAGGCUGCUCAAAAUAGUUUAGUUUAACCAAAGGCACCUCAGUGGGCCUCAGGGAGCAUCUGAGUGCACUUGUUUCUCUGAUGAUACAUUGGUCCACAUGACAUUUCAAACAUUUUAUAUAUGACGUCUGUUAUUGCUCAUGUUUUAUUUCUCAUUUCGCACAACAAUGAGUAUAAAUGAUUAAA